AUGGGCAACUCGUGCACACGCAACAGCGAAUCUCAAGUGGUGCUCACCGCCAACGGUGUGAUCCUCCAGAACCGACAGCCGCCGGCCCAAGAACGCGGUCGGUGGUCCGCGCCCAACGCCGAGAGCGUCGACCUCGACACGCUCCUCGAAGCGCCGUCGCCCUCCAAGAAGAACGGGGCCCACCACCGUCGACGUAAAAAACGGCAAUCGCUCUCGGAGCGGUUCCACGGCCCGCGUCACCACGCGGCGACUGCGGGUCGUCCGCCGCGCGCGCCGUCGCUCGAUGAGCCUAAUCCGCUGAACAGAUCCCGAGCUCAUCGCAGCCACACUGAUGCGCGUCCUGUUGCCAUGCUUCGUGAAGAAGUGACCCCAGUGUACCACUCGUACGAGGACCCGGGGUACCUGGGAGGGGGCGACCCGAUCGAGCUCCAGCCGUUCGAUGCCGACUGCAUCCUUGGCAGUCCGAUCAACUCGCCGUCCGUGAUUCACGCGCGGUGGGGGGAACCUGUGGACGACCCGGACGAGGAAAACCUGUGCACCGACUUUACGCCGAACCCGUUCAAACUGGGCUUUUGUAUCAACUGCAUGAAGCAGCACGACGUCAAGGAGGACGGUGAAGUGGCGCUGAGGAAAGAGUAUAAGCGCAUUGCGCGCCCGACGAUCUCGCGGACAGCGGCUAACGCGCUAGAGCAGCCGAGUGCCAUUCCGAUUGCGAGGAGCUCGAUCACCAUGAUGUCUGAAGGUCGCGAGAGCGACAUUGACUUGGCGCAGCUGUUGGCUCAGCGGAGAGACGUGUUGAUGCGGCUGGAUAAACUUGGCAAGCAGAAGACGAAACUUGAGAGGCAACAGGGUAAAGGCAACGGCACCAUGGGACGCCGAGCAGACCGGCACACAACGAUCAAUUUCGGAGACAACAACCCGCGCAACUCGUUGCGACGGAUGGGCUCACGGCCACCGAAAUCGGGUCCUAUUGUUACGUACAGCACGUCCAUCAACUUGGCGCCGCAGCCCGCCUCUGCGCGUCCAUUUGGUGUGUCCAAGAGCGUGAACAUGGUCUCACAUCUGUAUGACGACGAAGAGCCCGCGCAAAAUGUAUGGCUGUAG